AUGAAAAAAGCAUUUGAUAAAAAAACCAUUCAACGAUAUCCAUACUUACGUGUAGGCCAGCAAGUUUGUAAUUCUCAUUAUAUGAUUAUUGUUGAAAAUGGAUAUACUGAAUAUAAAAGUGCAUCUGUUCCAAAUUCAUCGACUAAAUUGUCAUUUGGUGAUCGUAUUAAAAAAAUGACAUCCGCUCUAUAUAAAAAUAGACAAAACGGUCUUGUGGUAUCGUUUGUUCCUCUUCUCGGGCCACUGCAUGUCUCUCUUAAUACAAGAGAGCAUACUAUGAAAAUUUAUUACCCAUUUUUCGAAAAGCUUUUUCAUGACGUAUUUGGAAAAAAGAAAAAGCUUGCGAAAAAGCCCAGGCCCUGGAGAACAACACUUUUAUUAGAGUUGGCAUUCUCUGCAUGGAUUAAAAUUAAAGAUAAUAUAAUAAAAAAAUUUACUUAUCUGCAAAAAAAUAUCGAGUAUCAAGUAAUUAUAGAGCUUCUUGAUAAUAUUAUACCAGCAGCCCUUGAUGUUUACGCAUUACUAUUUCGGUCUGGCGCCUUUGAAGACUAUGUAGAAACAAUCUUCCGUAUUUGGACCUUUGCAUUACGUUGGAAGCGAAAGAAUUAUAAUAAAGCUCCACUUGCUUUUUUAUCAGACCUAUUUUAUUGGGAAAAGAAUGGACAUCCAAUGAAAGAAGCAUUAGAAAAAAAUUUAAUUCAAUUUAACGAUUACUGGGUAGAAAAUAUGCACAGUAGAAUACGGGCAACAACAUCAUCAAAUGAUAGUGCUGAAAAUAUACGAAGGCAAGCUCUUAUUUUGGAUUACCAUAAAUAUUCAGCCUUUCGUGAAAUGUUUUUAACUAGGACUCGAUAUCCGUAUACUCCACAAGAUCUAAAAUUUUUGACUAAUAAGACGUGUCUCUUUCUUCUUUCUCAAUUUCGAGAAAUUUAUAAAAAAAAUGAAGAGACAAAUUCAGUUAGCAACAAAAUUUCAUCUUUCAAAAAACGAACAAAAAAUUUGAGCACUAGUGCUAGCGAUAGUGAUAAAAGCAGCGCAUCGAAGCGUUGCGAAAGCAAAUAG